CAAAUUUAGUUUCAAACUGAUGAUGUUUAUUGAAAACUGAGCUGGAAAUUGAAAUAUAAUUAUGUGUAUUGAUUUAAAUAAGGAAGGAACCAGUACUCGUGUACGUGAUACCAAAUCGAUAUGGUUGGGUAAUGCCACUGUGUAUUAAUUAAGUGCAUGUGUGCUACACGAAAAAGAUACAGAAAAGAAGGAUAAGAUAAACAUUUUUAAUUUGUUUUAAAAAAUGAUUGCAGAAAUAUAUGUUUCUAUGCAUAAGCGAAGUAUACAGUUUGGUGUGCAGAUCAAUGGCCCGCUGCUAAACCAAUGGUCAUGCAAUGUCAGCGACUGGAAUCACGUCUGGAGACACAUUAAGCGGUGAGGCAACAGAUGACACAAAGAAAAGAUCGAGUCCGAUGGACGAAGAACAAGAUGAAAAUGGUGAAAAAAAGAAAGGCAACAAGAGAAAAAGAGCAAGGCUUGAUACAAAAGAAGGAGAUGGUGAAGCAAUAAAAAUAUCAGAUGAUGAAGACAAUACCUCGGACAUAGAUAAAAAAGAAAAGGAAAAACCAGUAAAGACAGAACCAAAGGAGGAGGUGGACAGCGAUGAAGACCCAACAAGCAGCUUGAAAUGUGACCCAACUGGUCUUGAGGGAGCAGCUUUCCAGAGCAGAAUGCCGUUUGACAAAAUGACGUCCCAGGAGGCCGCAUGUUUCCCAGACAUCCUUCAGGGACCUCCACAGGCACAGAAAGUCUUCCUCUACAUCAGAAACAGAAUUUUGCAACUGUGGCUCGAAAACCCGAAGCAGCAGAUUACCUUUGAAAAUGCCCUUCCACAGAUCGAGGCACCAUUUAAUAGUGACGGUCCCCUCGUGAUGAGAGUCCACUCAUAUCUUGACAGAUUUGGUUUCAUCAACUUCGGUGUGUUCAAAAGGCUUAAACCACUGCCAGUUAAGAAGCAUGGUCGGGUGAUAAUCAUUGGAGCGGGUAUAGCUGGACUGACAGCAGCUAAACAGCUGACUGCAUUCGGCAUGGACUGUGUGCUCCUAGAGGCCAGGGACCGAGUUGGUGGAAGGAUAGCAACAUUCAGAAAGGGCAACUACAUUGCUGACCUUGGGGCCAUGGUCGUCACUGGACUCGGUGGUAACCCAAUGACAGUGGUCAGUCGACAGGUGAACAUGGAGCUACACAAGAUCAAACAGAAAUGCCCACUCUAUGAGAGCAACGGAUCAACUGUACCUAAGGAGAAGGAUGAGAUGGUGGAGAGAGAGUUUAACCGCCUUCUGGAGGCCACAUCCUUCCUGUCCCACCAGAUGGACUUUAACUAUGUCAACGGCAAACCUGCCUCUCUAGGGUGUGCUCUGGAAGCUGUUAUCAAGCUGCAGGAGAAACAUGUGAAAGAGAAGCAGAUAGAACACCAGAAAAACAUCAUAGACCUCCAGGAUAAACUCAAGAAAAACCUCAAUCAGUGUUUGAGUCUGAAAGAUCGCAUAGAGGAGCUACACAAGCAGUGGAAGGAGGCGUCAGAGGUGAAGCCCCCACGUGACAUCACCGCAGAGUUCCUCAUCAAAAGCAAAUUCCGGGAUCUCAGAGUUGCCUGCAGGGAGUAUGACCAACUGAUAGAACAGCAGAAGGAAAUAGAAGAGAAGAUCUCUGACCUUGAGGCCAACCCACCCAGUGACGUUUAUCUAUCCUCCCGGGACCGCCAGAUCCUGGACUGGCACUUUGCCAACCUGGAGUUUGCCAAUGCCACGCCCCUUUCCCUGCUUUCUCUGAAACACUGGGACCAGGAUGACGACUUUGAGUUCUCUGGCUCACAUCUCACUGUGCGUAAUGGCUACUCAUGUGUGCCAGUGGCUCUCUCCGAAGGCCUGGACAUCAAACUGAACACAGCUGUCAGGCAGGUCCGAGUAACUACAACAGGUGUUGAGGUGGUUAUAAGCAAUGCCAAGAACAACAGUAACCAGCAGACAUUGAAGGCUGAUGCAGUGUUGUGCACGCUGCCCCUGGGGGUUAUGAAGGAGAGUGUACGGGGUGGGGGCAUCAACAGUGUACAGUUCACCCCGCCCCUCCCGGAGUGGAAAUCUGCCGCCAUACAGAGGAUGGGCUUCGGUAAUCUCAAUAAGGUAGUGUUGUGUUUUGACCGUAUCUUCUGGGACCCGAAUGCGAACUUGUUUGGUCAUGUGGGGAGCACCACCGCCAGUCGCGGAGAAUUGUUCUUGUUCUGGAACCUGUACAAGGCCCCAGUACUGCUGGCAUUGGUAGCUGGUGAGGCUGCUGCCAUUAUGGAGAAUGUCAGUGAUGACGUCAUUGUGGGCAGGUCCAUCGCAGUGCUUAAGAGCAUAUUUGGAAACAAUGCUGUACCGCAGCCCAAGGAGACCCUGGUAACAAGAUGGCGGGCUGACCCGUGGGCGAGAGGUUCCUAUUCAUUUGUAGCUGCUGGCUCAUCAGGCAAUGACUAUGAUCUGAUGGCAACCCCGAUCUCUUCACAACAAGGAGCACAGCCCCGUCUGUUCUUUGCCGGGGAGCACACAAUCAGAAACUACCCCGCCACUGUGCAUGGGGCAAUGCUUAGUGCUCUAAGGGAGUCUGGAAGAAUUGCAGAUCAAUUCCUUGGUGCACCAUACGCUCUUCCAAAUAGGCAGACAACACAGGCAUCUUGAUUGUGACUUUUUUGAUAAACUUGGUUGGAGUUAACCUUAUAGAAGUAUUAUAGAUCAGAAGAAUGGGGAUUGGAAAUUGGUAUGGGAGUAUUGAAAAGAAUCAACUUGAAGUUUUAGUGUUGUGUUCUAAAUAGAAGGCAAAUGACAAAAGGGAAAGGUGCACAAUUAGAAGUUAAUAUUGAAUAUGCAUCAGGUAUGUGUUUAUCUGUUUGACUGAUGUAAUAUGAUUCUUAAACUGUUGUUAAGAUUUUAUUUAAGCUCCAGCAGAUGUACAAGAUGACGCAAAUGUUAAUAAUUUCUGCAUACACCUGAACAUCUACACAUACAUGUAUAAUAUACAGCAAUUACCAUCAAAUAAGCUCUUAGUUGUCACACAUUUUUUUGCUGAAGGCCCAUUAUUAUGGCUUAGUGUUUUAGUUCUUCAGAUAAAGAUUUUGUGGCAAAUAACUUCACAAAAAUUGAUCUCUCUCAUUUUAAGGCAGUAGUUCUACAUAAUUUGUUCAUAACAUAAAUAAAUGAAUCCACUUGUGUUCACAUGACAGCUUGUUUUAUCUCAUGUUUGUUUUUGUCUUAGUUAUAGAUGUAUUAAAUCAUGGCAUUUAUUACUUUGAAUAAAUGUGUUAUUUAUGA